UGCCCAGCCUCAGAGGGGAGGGAAACUGGGGGGCCGGCGCCUCCGCCGGUGAUAGGGAAAACGUUACCGGUCAUUGGCUUCUGUUUGUUUGUCCACUCUGUGCUGUGCGGCCCGCCUCUGUCCGUCUGUCUGUCUGUCCACGCGUCUUUUGAUGGACACACGCCCAUGUCACUCUCCUCUGUGGGAUUUCUCUCAGAUUGCGUGAUCUUUUGCAAGCGGCAGGUGCCGGGGGCGCCAGUGGCCCCGGAGUGCAUCCAACGGAGGACAGAUCCCGGUUUUUCGUAGUUUCCCCCUUUCUGAGUGGCUCGGGGGGGCUUACGCCCCGAGCAGUGUCUUGCUGAGGAGGAACUGCUCCGAGGGUCGGGUCGCGGAGUCCAGCCGACGAGGAGCCGGCUCACACUGUGCACUAGUGGGCGUGCGCCUGGCAACAGGUCAGCGCCCCGCUGCUCGGGCCUCAGCACGGUCUUCCUUCUGGUUUCCUCCUCCGCCUCCCGCUGCCUCCCCACUCGCGCACUCCCCGACAGGUCUAGGCACCCACCAUCGCGCUGGCGCGGGACCGAGCCGAGGCAAUUGAAUGUUAGAUGACACGAGAGCCCUUGCUGAUGCUUAGGCUGAGAUCCCAAACCUGGCAUCGCUGGAAGAGGUUUCGGUGGUCCCUGACAAGGGACAUCAGCUCCAAGAUAGGUCAAAUUAGGUUAGGAUGAAAGGCAGGGACCUGGUGGAGCGCAGGCCAGGGCCGUGGCCAGGUCUCCAGUUCUCCGCUCUGGGAACCAGGGCCAGAGACAUUCUGCAAUGGAUCCGGCGGGACGCAUGUGCUCUGGAGAAAGGAGCUCAGUGCGCCGAAGUCCUCCGCCACAGACUCGCUGUCAGCACUGUCGGAGACCGCCGCCGUUCCCCAGGGGUCCAACACUACGGACGUCCCAGGCGCGCCGCCAGCAGCCGGGUUUGAGGUCCUGAGCCCUGCUCCGUGCAGCCAACGCUGCCCACAGGGACUCCAUCUCCACUUUAUAUUCACAUUUGAGAGCUUGUUGUUGGAAUUGAUGAAAGUGCUGGAGUUGGUCACAAUGCUGAAAAAAAAUCUUAUUCAAAGACAAAUGGAAGAAUUUUUGUGUGAAACAAAUCGGGCGUCUGUUUUUCCCACCCGUACCAGUUGGAGGAAAGAUAAAUAGAUCAGAAGUCAUCUUAGCUCCCUCCACCUGAAAGGAGUGGAGCUGAAGGAUGCAGACCACAGAUACUGGGCGUCUUUCUAUGACUUUCAUCUACCCGUGAUAUGAAUGGAGCAGGAAGACAUGGGCUGGGGGUGACCUUGAAGUCCCAGCUCUCUUCUCUGGACUCCCACGCAGUUCCAGUUUCCAGCACACACAACUUUCUGGUGACACACCCUGGACCCCAGGGCAGCUGUAGCCCCGGGGCGACCUGAAGGAAGAGCAAAGACCCCGGACCGGGGUGCAGGAUGGCAGCGAGGAGAGGCAGAGACAGACGGUGGCAGGCAACGCCUCUUGUCCCUGCUUUUGCCCCUCCCUCCGCGAGUUCCUGGGAGGCCUGGCAAACACAGCCCAGAGCCGCAGCUGGACGGGGAAUGCUGAGCUUCUGGAAAACUUUAACCUGUUACUGUGAAGCCUUGUGGAGCACCCGGCGUGCCAGCCUUCCCCCAAAGCGUGUCCAUAUUCUUCCACCGCCGAAUCCUUCCAUUGCAUCCUUUAAGGAGGAGGGCAGCUCAGGACCAUCGGGACCUAGCAAGGGCAGUGUCCAGCCAGCCUCCAGCCAACAGCUUCCUGUGGAAACUUCUAGCAUUGUUAGCCAACAUGCUCUCUUCCCAGGCCUUCAACAGCUGGGAACCGUUUCAAGACCAUAUCUUGCCAGCUAGAGAAGCCGGACCCCAACUCCCAUUGCCAGAGAGCUUUCAGUGGCCAACUGAGAAAGCUGUCCUCCCUCGGUGAAGAACUCCCAAGUGAAAUUUAAGAGCCUUUUGGAUUCACGUCAACAGUGUUUCUCGAGGUUUCUGUACUCGGGCCCUGGAAGCCAUUCAUGGGCAGGAAAGCACGGAGGACCGCCCCCAGCCAUGUGGGGCCACCUCGUGGGCAGGGGGCUCUCUGCCUCGCGUGGCUCAGACGUGUCUAGCGCUGAGACCCAGCAGGAGGUCUCUGUGAUGUCAGGGAAGAGAGGUUUUGAGCAUUAUCCUUCCACGUGGAAUUGUUUUCACAUCCAUCCAGAGAGUGACUUUUUUUUUCUGUCUCUGAAAUGACCUAGGAAAUCAUCAGGAGAUGUCAGAGCCACGAAGUCCCUGUACCCCAGCCUCCUACCGUGCACAAGGGAAGUCUGAGGCCCAAAGAAGGAAAUGCCGGAUGAGGGUCACCCGGUAGUUAGGGCGGGAGGGGUGCCUGCACCCAGAUCACCUCCCAUCCCCUGGCCCCUCCAAGCCUGGUGCCUGCCACCUUCCUUUGCCAGCUCACAGCCCAAAGUCCAGGUUCCCUCCAGAGGAGCCCCAGGAUGAUUUGGGGCUUCUGAGUAGCAAAAAGCAAACUACCUUUGGCUUUUCUAAACAGAUGGAGACUUGAGAGCUGGGCUCUGGCUUUCCCUAAGGACCACAGAACUCUCCUGUCUCCGGCGUCCCCUCCUUUCUAUUGCAAAGAGCAUGAGAGCAGACAUUCCUCUUCUGGGGGCCCUGGGAAAGGCACCAUUCCCAGAUGCUGUGACGCGUGACUUCGGUGACCCUGCAGAGGCGACUAGAAUGGGUCCCGUUGUUCUCUGCCAAUCAGGCCUGGGCCAGGCAGGGUGCCCGCCAAGAGGACACCGCAGACAUUGAUGCUGAGAGGACCGUCUCCGCCCCCGCCCCCGCCUCCCCGGCGCACCUGUGCGGGAGGGCCCAGGCUCAGGGCCAGUGUGCUCUGUUUCGGACCCUCUUGCCUGCCCCCACUCACUGAGCUCACACAAAGCACUUCACCUGGAGCUGAAAGGUCAGGGAUGAUCAGAUUUGUGCCCGAGCUCACUCAAAGGGAGGAGCCUGUAUGGGGGAGUAUUCUGCCAGGAUGGGAGCGGCUCACAGGCUGAAUGUCUCUUUCAAGGCGAUGCUGACAGUCGGCUGGUUCAUCCUGGCCCACUUCCCUGGUGCUAUAUCCACAGUGGCCCCUGAGUGCCCUGAUCAGUGGCCUGAGCUGCAGCCCUGGAGCCCUGGACAUGAUCCGGACCACUAUGUGUACAUUGGCCAGGGCAGAGCACUGCUGCUCACCUCUUCUGCCACCAUCCACUCCAUCCGCAUCUCAGAGGGAGGUAAGCCAGCAUUCCCCAACCCCACCCCCGAUCUCCACGUUCAGAGCCUAGCAGGAUGCCUGCUCACUGAAUGCAGUGCAUGCAGCCAUGGCAGUAAGCCAAGCAGGCACUAUUUACACAUCGAUUUCUGCUUGGCCUGUUGGGCUCGUUUUGCUCUGGCUUGGGAAGAUCUUGGUUGCUUGUGCUAUUUCUACCGACCUUGCACAGUCACCAAGUGUGCCUGGCUCCACGGGGACCACAUGGGAGUCAGGGAGCAGUGCAGCCCCCUCUGGGUUCAGCAUCCGACAGAGAGAGGUGUCGACCGACUGUGGAGAGCUGUUUUCUCUUGUAGGGCCGACGAAGGUGUUCAGCCGGACCCUUACUUUGGCCUCAAGUACAUUGGCGUCGACAGAGGAGGUACCCUGGAGCUGCAUGGACAGAAGAAGCUCUCUUGGACAUUUCUGAACAAGACUCUUCACCCGGGUGGCAUGGAGGAGGGAGGCUAUUUUUUUGAAAGGAGCUGGGGUCACCGUGGAGUCAUUGUUCAUGUCAUCGACCCCAAAUCAGGGACAGUCAUCCAUUCUGACCGGUUUGACACCUAUAGAUCCAAGAAAGAGAGUGAACGUCUGGUCCAGUAUUUGAAUGCGGUGCCCGAGGGCAGGAUCCUGUCUGUGGCCGUGAAUGAUGAGGGCUCUCGAAACCUGGAUGACAUGGCCAGGAAGGCGAUGACCAAACUGGGCAGCAAACACUUCCUACACCUUGGAUUUAGACACCCUUGGAGUUUCAUCACCGUGAAAGGGAAUCCCUCGUCUUCCGUUGAAGACCACAUUGAAUAUCACGGACACCGUGGCUCCGCUGCUGCCCGGGUGUUCAAGCUCUUCCAGACAGAGCAUGGCGAGCAUUUCAAUGUCUCUUCAUCCAGCGAGUGGGUUCAAGAUGUGGAGUGGACAGAAUGGUUUGAACAUGACAAAGUGUCUUACACUAAAGGUGGGGAGAAAAUUUCAGACCUCCGAGCGGCUUACCCAGGAAAAAUCUGCAAUCGCCCCAUUGAUAUACAGGCCACUACAGCAGAUGGAGUUAACCUCACCACUGAGGCUGUCUACAAAAAAGGCCAGGAUUAUAGGUUUGUGUGCUACGACCAGGGCCGAGCCUGCCAGAGCUACCGUGUGCGGUUCCUCUGUGGGAAACCUGUGAGGCCCAAGCUCACCAUCACCAUCGACACCAAUGUGAACAGCACCAUCCUGAAUCUGGAAGACAAUGUACAAUCAUGGAAGCCUGGAGACACCCUGGUUAUUGCAAGUACUGAUUACUCCAUGUACCAAGCAGAAGAGUUCCAGGUGCUUCCCUGCAAAGCCUGUGCCUCCAACCAGGUCAAAGUAGCAGGGAAACCAAUGUACCUGCACAUCGGGGAGGAGAUAGAUGGUGUGGACAUGCGGGCCGAGGUUGGGCUCCUGAGCCGGAACAUUGUGGUGAUGGGGGAGAUGGAGGAUGAGUGCUACCCGUACAGCACCCACAUCUGCAGCUUCUUUGACUUCGACACCUUUGGGGGCCACAUCAAGUUUGCACUGGGGUUUAAGGCUGCACACUUGGAGGGCGUGGAGCUGAAGCACAUGGGCCAGCAGCUGGUGGGUCAGUACCCAAUUCACUUCCACCUGGCGGGUGACGUGGAUGAGAAGGGAGGCUACAACCCACCCACGUAUGUCAGGGACCUCUCCAUCCACCACACGUUCUCUCGCUGCGUCACUGUCCACGGCUCCAAUGGCUUGUUGGUCAAGGACGUUGUGGGCUAUAACUCUUUGGGCCACUGCUUCUUCACGGAAGACGGGCCAGAGGAACGCAACACCUUUGACCACUGCCUCGGCCUCCUUGUCAAGUCUGGAACCCUCCUUCCCUCCGACCGUGACAGCAAGAUGUGCAAGAUGAUCACGGAAGACUCCUACCCGGGGUACAUCCCCAAGCCCAGGCAGGACUGCAAUGCUGUGUCCACCUUCUGGAUGGCCAAUCCCAACAACAACCUCGUGAACUGUGCUGCUGCGGGGUCCGAGGAAACUGGGUUUUGGUUCAUCUUUCACCACGUACCGACGGGCCCCUCGGCCGGAAUGUACUCCCCAGGGUACUCGGAGCACAUCCCGCUGGGAAAAUUCCACAACAACCGCGCACACUCCAACUACCGGGCUGGCAUGAUCAUAGACAAUGGAGUCAAAACUACUGAGGCCUCUGCCAAGGACAAGAGGCCCUUCCUCUCUAUCAUCUCUGCCAGGUACAGCCCUCAUCAGGAUGCUGACCCGCUGAAGCCCCGGGAGCCGGCCAUCAUCAAGCACUUCACCGCCUACAAGAACCAGGACCACGGGGCCUGGCUGCGCGGCGGGGACGUGUGGCUGGACAGCUGCAGGUUUGCUGACAAUGGCAUCGGCCUGACCCUGGCCAGUGGUGGCACCUUCCCGUAUGAUGAUGGCUCCAAGCAGGAGAUCAAGAACAGCUUGUUUGUUGGCGAGAGUGGCAACGUGGGGACGGAGAUGAUGGACAACAGGAUCUGGGGCCCGGGUGGCUUGGACCACAGCGGAAGGACCCUCCCUAUAGGCCAGAAUUUUCCGAUCCGAGGAAUUCAGUUCUACGAUGGCCCCAUCAACAUCCAGAACUGCACUUUCCGCAAGUUUGCAGCCCUGGAGGGCCGGCACACCAGCGCCCUGGCCUUCCGUCUGAACAACGCCUGGCAGAGCUGCCCGCAUAACAACGUGACCAACAUUGCCUUUGAGGACGUCCCGAUUACUUCCAGAGUGUUCUUCGGAGAGCCUGGGCCCUGGUUCAACCAGCUGGACAUGGAUGGGGAUAAGACAUCAGUGUUCCAUGAUGUCGAUGGCUCGGUGUCCGAGUACCCGGGGUCCUACCUCACCAAGGACGAUAACUGGCUGGUCCGGCACCCAGACUGCAUCGACGUUCCCGACUGGAGAGGCGCCAUCUGCAGCGGGCGCUACGCACAGAUGUAUAUUCAGGCCUACAAGACCAGUAAUCUGCGAAUGAAGAUCAUCAAGAAUGACUUCCCUAGCCACCCUCUCUACCUGGAGGGGGCCCUGGCCAGGAGCACCCACUACCAGCAGUACCAGCCAGUCAUCACCCUGCAGAAGGGCUACACCAUCCACUGGGACCAGACGGCCCCCGCCGAGCUCAUCAUCUGGCUCAUAAACUUCAACAAGGGCGACUGGAUCCGAGUGGGGUUCUGCUACCCGCAAGGCACCACCUUUUCCAUCCUCUCCGAUGUUCACAAUCGCCUGCUGAAGCAAACGUCCAAGACGGGCAUCUUCGUGAGGACCUCGCAGAUGGACAAAACGGAGCAGAGCUAUCCCGGCAGGAGCCACUACUACUGGGAUGAGGACUCAGGGCUGCUGUUCCUGAAGCUGAAAGCUCAGAAUGAGAGAGAGAAGUUUGCCUUCUGCUCUGUGAAAGGCUGUGAGAGAAUAAAGAUUAAAGCUCUCAUCCCAAAGAACGCGGGCAUCAGCGACUGCACGGCCACGGCCUACCCCAAGUUCACGGAGAGGGCCGUCGUGGACGUGCCGAUGCCCAGGAAGCUCCUCGGCGCUCAGCUGAAGACAAAGGACCGCUUCUUGGAGGUGAAGAUGGAAAGUUCCAAGCAGCGUUUCUUCCACCUGCUGAACGACUUUGCUUACAUUGAAGUGGACGGGAAGAGGUACCCCAGUGCGGAAGAUGGCAUCCAGGUGGUGGUGAUUGACGGGAGGCAAGGGCACGUGGUGAGCCACGCAAGCUUCAGGAAUGCCAUCCUGCAGGGCAUCCCGUGGCAGCUCUUCAAUUACGUGGCGGCCAUCCCCGACAAUUCCAUAGUCCUCAUGGCAUCAAAGGGAAGAUAUGUCUCCAGAGGCCCGUGGACCAGAGUGCUGGAAAAGCUCGGGGCAGACAAGGGGCUCAAGUUGAAAGAGAAAAUGGCAUUCGUCGGCUUCAAAGGCAGCUUCCGGCCCAUCUGGGUGACUCUGGACACCGAGGACCACAAUGCCAAAAUCUUCCAAGUCGUGCCCAUCCCCGUGGUGAGGAAGAAGAAGCUGUGAGGACCGCCGUUCCCCGGAGCCACCCCACAGUGGGCUCUGAUGGGGGACUCUUGGCAGCAGACCAGGGCAGCACGGCUGGUUCCCCCAGCCCCUGUCCAGCAGCUGCCUGGGAAGGCCAUGCGUCAGCCCUGGUGGCCCAAGGGAAGGACAUCAGAGACCCCUGGUGCUGCCAGCUGCCCCCUCAAGUGUCUGCCUGCAGCCCCAGGACAGUGUCGGCUGAUGCUGGAACCUUCUCUUUCCCGCAGCCUCUUGGGUGCUUUUCUCUGACCUGUGCCUCUUCGGGGGAGGAGGGGGCGUGGGGACCACACGAGGAGCCCUGGGCUAUGCCAGCAGCAAAGGUCCCCCUCAGCUCGGAGGCAGCCUGGGGCCUGGGCCGUCCACAGACCCCCGUGCUCCCCAGCACGCACGCUAGAGUGGUAGAUGUAGGGAAGAGUCCUGGUCUAGGGAGACCUUCACUCCUCCGCGGGCGGCGCUGGCGUGUAGCCAGAACUCGCCAGGGUAGGACCAGCCACCCUUGGGGAAGGGUGAGCCUGCCUCCGGAGGGGUUCAACCUUUCGGGAGACUUUGGGACCCAGGCUGGGAGUUGGACUAGGUGGCUUUUAAAGGCCUUUUCAGUUCUGAGAUGCCAGAAGUCUCUGGCUUUUCACAGUGUGCCUAGAACCCAGCAGGAGGUGAGAACAUUCUUUUUAACCACAUCCAUGAUGCUGGAUGCCCUGGCAUACAGGGUGGAAGGGCGCGAAGUCAUGACUAGGGCAAGGGGCUCACAGUCUGGCGGGACAGGCGGUCAGGGGUUUGUGCCCUCUGCUGCCAGGUGGAGAAAGCCAAGACAGGUAAACUGGAAUCCAGUGUCAGUUCCCAGGAGGGAAAGACCUUCCACGCUCGGGUGGGUCCGAAAGCUUCCUGCGGGGGGAGGCCACGGGGCUUUGCAGGAAUGAAGGGCAGGGGCCUUUGGACGGGCAGGGAUGAGGCAGCCUCUGGCAGGGCUCAGGGGUUGAGCCCUUCCUGCCCGCAUCAGGCCGCAGCAGGGUGACUGCAAGGUCACUCUUUGCCCUCAACCUGCUGGCCCACCCAUCGUGGCGAGGCCGGCCUCAGAAGGGAGGGGCGGGGAGUGCUGAGCCCCACCCCCGAGUCCAGGAGAGGGAAGAGUCAGGUUGAGAAAGGUGAGCCCCGUCUGCUCUCCCCCCAGGGCCCCGGGAGCCGUGGGGGAGCCCUGAGGCCACGCCCACAGCUCUGUGAGUCUGGGGCUUCAGGGCUGGAAAGGACCUUAGGAAAUACCUAGUCCAAAGCCUUCACUUUAUAGAUGGGACGCAUGAGACUCCAAGAUGGGGAAGAACCACACGGCCAGGGCAGGGCCGGGCCGGGAGCCCCCCUCCCAGCACUUGCUGCCACACCACAUUGCCUCAACAGCCGGCCCCGGGCACUCCUGAAGGAGCUCCCCGGCAUGGGGACGAGUCCCCUUGAAGGGGGAAAAAGGAAAGAUCAGAGUAGAAAGAGAAUUGGCGAAUGACUGUUUCUCUCUUGGCCCUCGGCGUGCACAAGGGCGCCCUCCUCUGGGCUGCGGUGGUCCUGCAGCCGCCCCGCAGGGCGCCCAGCAGCUGCAGGGACCUCACUGGUGCUACCUGUCUCCGCAGUUCUGCAGAAGCGCCCCGCAGGCAGCGUCGGGGCGCCCUAGCACGUUGGGGCGAGCCAGCUCGGCGGCUCUCCAGGCUCGGAAGAGCUUUGGGUCCAUCCCAGCCUCCCAGCUACUGUCUAAUAAUCUGCUCUCUCUUGCCCACCUUGGAGAGAGCCGAGAGAGCUUCCGGAAGCUCUGUCUGUGGUUUAUACUCUCUCAUGAGGUACCAGGCUCGCUCUGGGUCUCAUGAUGACUACAGGUGUCCCCUUUCCUCCCUUGGCCCCGUCUGCCCGGCUGCACCCAUGAGAUUCAGCCCACGGGUCUGCUCCCCAGGUUGAGCCAACUGCCAGAGAGGUUCCUCCCACUACACGUCUUUCAGCUGCUAGGAGGGGACUGUGGGACUCCGCCUCUUGAAACGUGGCAGCUUCAAAGGCCCAAGUCCCCGGAAAGGCCUCUUCCAGGCAGAUCCGAGGCCAGAGGGAGCAGAGUUCAGAUGACCUCAUGAUCUUCGUAUUUAUAGUUCUGUUGAGUUUUUUCUAAACUCCUAAUGCAAGGGUCUCACACUGUGAACCACUUAGGAAGCGAUCACUUCAGAUGGCCAGGAAUGUUGACUGUCUUUGGUUCAGUUUGUUGAAAAAAAAUACGUAUCUAUUUGAAAAUCCUCAGAGUUGUACAUAUGUCUAACAGUGCAGGAUCCGUGCACAAACUUUCCUUCCUGAAGCAUUCACCAAGAGCCAAUAUCCAGGCGUGCUCUUGGUAGCACAAAUUUUCUUAUUGCUUAGAAGACUGUUCUUGUUCUUUCUGUUUGAAAGCAUCGAAAUGAGAUAGGCCUUUAAAAAAAAAAAACACUCCUCUGAAAUGCUUGUCUUUUUUUCCCCUGUUGCCGAAAUAGCUGGUCCUUUUUCGGGAAUUAGAUGUAUAGUGUGUUUUGUAUGUAAACAUUUCUUGUAGGCGUCACCGUGAACAAAGAUAUAUUUUCUAUUUAUUUAUUCUAUAUGCACUUCGAGACGUCAUUGUCAGAGAAAUGAAGAAGUGUCUUAAAUGUCAUGUUUGGGGAUGUCCUUUGGACCGCUUGAAGGGGGUGUACCCAGAGCCUUCUGCUUGCAGCAGAGGACACUGGCUCUGGUCUGGAGAUCUUGCUGUACCAUAGUAAACAUACGAAGGAUGCCACGCG